GAACGAUAGGCUCUUGGACCACAAUGAGUAUCAGUCGUCAUAUGACUCUUUCUUUUCUCUUCUUGUAUAUUUUUAAUUUCCAAGACGUGAUUGCGUUCGCUACGACAGCAAGACACUCGUGUCGUCCGGAACAAAGGAACGUGCUACUCGAAUUCAAAAAGGAGUUUGAGAUUCGGAGGUCUUCUUCGAAACUUUGUAAUAUUGAUGGUCGCAUUGUAGGCUCUUAUCCAAAGACAGAGUCAUGGGAAAAUAACAGCGACUGCUGUUAUUGGGAUGGUAUCACGUGUGAUGCCAAGUCUAAAGAUGUGAUCAAGCUGGACCUCAGUUGCAGCUGCCUCCAUGGUCGGUUUCAUUCCAAUACCAGUCUUGUUAGGCUUCCUUCUCUUAAAACUCUAGACCUUUCUAAUAACUAUUUAUUUGGCCAAAUCCCUUUCUCAUUUGGAAAACUUGGAAACUUUUCUCAUCUCACAUUUCUUGACCUUUCCUCUAAUCAUUUUGCUGGUCAAAUUCCAUUUUCAGUUGGAGUCCUUUCACAGCUCAAGUCUCUACUGCUUGCUGAUAAUCAGUUUUCAGGUCAGGUUCCAUCUUCACUUGGAAAUCUUUCACACCUCACCUCUCUGGACUUAUCUGGUAAUCAGUUUUCGGGUCAGAUUCCAACUUCACUUGGAAAACUUUCAUAUCUCACCUAUCUCCAACUUUCUGAUAAUCAGUUCUCAAACCAAAUUCCGCCUCCACUUGGAAACCUUUCUCAUCUCACCUCUCUAGAUUUUUCUCAUAACCAUUUUUCAGGCCAGAUUCCAUCUUCCAUUGGAAAGCUCUCUCAUUUAACUUCUCUCGACUGUUAUGAUAACGGUCUGGUUGGUCAAAUCCCAUCUUCUUUUUCAUGUUUGAACCAAUUGACCAACUUGGUUGUUAAUUCCAACAAGCUUAGUGGUAAAUUUCCUAUUGCACUAUUAAAUUUGACUAAGCUAUCCUACUUGUCACUCUCCAACAAUCGGUUCACUGGAACUCUCCCUCCAAACAUCACUUCACUAUCCAACUUGGUCUUUAUUUCAGCAUAUGAAAACGCUUUCGUUGGACCCCUCCCUUCUUCUCUCUUCAACCUUCCCGCCCUGACCUCUAUUUAUUUGACAAAUAACCAACUCGACGGAUCUCUCAAGUUUGGUAAUAUAUCUUCACCAUCUAAGCUACGAGUGUUAAGCCUCGGCAGUAAUAAAUUCAAAGGUCCAAUCCCGAGUUCCAUUUCCAUAUUAGCCAAUCUCGAGGUGCUUGACAUUUCCCAUUGGAACUCCCCUGUGGACUUUAGCAUCUUCUCGCUCCUCAGGUCGCUCCAACGUCUUUACUUAUCUCACUUGACGGCAACGCCUACGAUCGACUUGAAUACAGUUCUGUCAUGUUUCAAGUCUCUCGAUUUAUUGGAUCUCUCAGGAAACCAUGUUUUAGCCACAAACAAAACUACGGUUUCAGAUGCGAUAAGUAAUUUAAACUUGUCAGGCUGCGGUAUUACCGAAUUUCCAGAGCUUCUAAGAACCCAGACGCUACUGCAUACUCUAGACAUUUCCAACAACAAAAUCAAAGGUCAUGUUCCUUGCUGGUUAUGGACGCUACCAAAUCUAGGUUACUUGGAUCUAUCCAACAACACUUUCAUUGGUUUUGAAAUAUCAACGGAACGCAAACUAUCCUCUCUCCUGGGGCACCUGUUUGCCUCCAAUAACAAUUUCUCAGGAAAGGUUCCUUCUCUCAUAUGCGAGUUGCACUCUCUAAGAACGCUCGAUCUAUCGAACAACAACUUCAGCGGUUCGAUCCCUCUCUGUAUGGGAAACCUCAAGAGCACUCUUUCGGUUCUGAACGUGCGUCAGAAUCGUCUUAGUGGAUGUCUUCCAGGGAAUGCAUUCGAAAGUCUAAGGUCAUUUGACGUUGGCCAUAACCAACUCGUUGGAAAGCUUCCGAGAUCGUUGGUGAAUUUCUCCGCGCUCGAAGUUCUAAACGUGGAAAGCAACAUGAUCAAUGACACAUUUCCGUUCUGGUUGAAUUCUCUACGAGAGCUGAGAGUUCUCGUGUUACGCUCCAACGCGUUCCAUGGACCAGUACAUCAAGCCUCUUUCCGUAAGCUGCAAAUCAUCGACAUAUCGCAUAAUCAUUUCGGUGGGAUUUUGCCAGCGGAUUAUUUUGUGAACUGGAGAAAAAUGUCAUCUCUUGAGACGAACAAAGAUGGGUCCAAUCUAAAUUACAUUGAAGGUUAUUACCAUGAUUCCAUGGUUUUGAUGAAUAAAGGUAUAAAGAUGGAGCUGGUCCGGAUUCUAGAGAUCUACACAGCACUCGAUUUUUCCGGAAACAAACUUGAAGGAGAGAUUCCAAAGUCGAUCGGCUUAUUGAAAGAGCUUCACGUGCUCAACUUGUCGAACAAUGCUUUCACUGGCCACAUCCCAUCAUCUAUGGCAAACCUGACAGCUCUUGAGUCACUUGAUGUUUCCCAAAACAAUAUUUCAGGAGAAAUCCCACAGGAGUUAGGGAAUUUGUCGUACCUUGCGUACAUGAACUUUUCUCAUAACCAGCUUGUCGGUCUAGUACCAGGAGGCACUCAGUUUCGAAGGCAGGCUUGCUCUUCUUUCAAAGAUAAUUCAGGACUUUUUGGUCCUGCUCUUGACGAAGAUUGCAGAGAUAUUCACACGCCCUCAUCAUCCCCACCAUAUGAAGCGCUAGAGGUAGAGGAAGAAGAAGAAGAUGUGUUUUGUUGGAUUGCAGCUGCGAUAGGAUUUGUACCUGGUAUUGUAUUUGGAUCAGCAAUUGGAUACAUAUUGGUUUGUUACAAAACAGAGUGGUUCAAGACUCAUUUUGGCCGAAAUAAAUGCAGAUGCAGAAGCACCCCAACUCGUUAGAGAGGUAAUUUUCUGAAUCUCAGUGAAUAGUGAUUAUAUGUUUUUGAUGAAGAAACCAAAGAUGAAUGAAUAAGUUAACGUAUGGAGCUUUUUUUUUGUGUAGCCUUCUUAAACCAAGUUGAAUCUUGUAAAAGGAGAAUGAAGCAACUAAACAGAUGGACUGUUGAGAAAGAAGCUAUGGGAGAACACAUUACUCUGUGUUUAGUAUGCUCUUUUGCUCUUGGUUUGUUCUGUUACUCUGUUUUUAGCUCGGUGUGUUUUUCUUUUAUACUACUGUUUAGAUCCAGUAUUUAUGUCUCUCUGUAAUUGAACACUGAACAACUCUG